AAAAAUAUAUAUAUAAUGAGCGACCACCAAACACCCUCUUCCUCCCCAGCUUGCCUACUACUUUACCAUGAGCAUCUAGCUUCCAACUGGAAUAAAUCUGUAAACACUUUGAAAUUCGUGAAUCUGGAUGACCACCCAGACCGCCACGCCUUUCACCACCAUCCCCAAAACGACCUUCAUCUCCAGCCCGCCUUUCCCGAACCCGAACUAUGCGUGGUCGGCUCGGCCAAAGGUUUGGUUUGCUUGAAUUCAUUCUCUCGAAGCGACUUAGAUUCCGUGUACAUAUGCAACCCCACAACUCGAGAAUACGUCAAGCUCCCCAAGGCCCACGGCGAGAGGGUGUACCCGAAUCUAGUCGCGUACGGGUUUGGAGUGACUCCAUUAACAAACACCUUCAAGGUUGUGAGGAUUUAUCAGGAGCAAAUCCUUGAUGAUCACAAUCCAUCUUCUUAUUACAAGUCCGAUCUUCAAGUUUACACUCUAGGAGGGGCCGGAUCGUGGAGGAGCGCCGGCAGCAUCAACUGCGGCUUCGGUUGCCGGGAGUUCGGUCAAAGUCUCGACGGAAAACUCCACUGGCUCGUCGGCGAUGCAAAUGGCGAUGAACUUAUCUGCUCUUUCGACCUCGAAAGCGAGACGAUCCAAACGUUUCCGUCGGCUCCUCCUACUCCGGUGGUGCCGGAGACUGACUGGAUCCGGAGGAGCAUCGGGGUGCUCGGAAACUGUUUGUGUUUGUGCGACAACACGGCGCACACCAGCCUGGACAUAUGGGUGAUGAAGGAAUACGGAAAUGGUGAUUCGUGGACUAAAGAAAUGAGUAUUGCUUCGGAAGAGUGGAUGUUGUAUGAGAUGAUCCAUUUAGUGAAGGGUUUCAAAGACGGGGAGAUUCUGUUCUUGUUCUGGGACGAUAUCUUGUUCUCCUAUCACCCAGAGAGGAAGAGUGUGAGAAGAGUUGAUGUGUGUGAGGCUUAUUUCUCAGCCACGGUUCAUGUCCCAUCCUCUAUUUCUCUGGAGUCCAUUUUUGGAGCUCAACAAGUCAAACAUAUCAACCUCUCCUAGGCAAUGGGGAUAGUUGAUUUUAUUAU